AUGGAUUGUGUUAGGGGGGAGUCGUCGUGUGCUGACGGCACUGGCCAUGACCAGAAAGGGGAUGGAGAUGGGAAUUUGAUCAAGUUUACAUGUUUUUUGUGUGGUCUCACUGAGAACUGCCAUUAUGGUUUGGUGGAAUUUUCUGGUCGAACGCAUUCUUAUCGAUAUAAGGAUGAAAUGUACUACAUGCUGGAUCCCUUCCGAAAUCGAAGUAGUGCGAAUGAAAGGCGACUAACUCGAACAAAAGUUAACACUGGUAAUAAAAUUUCUGCAAACAAGGCUAUGAGCAUUUUCGAUGUAUUCGUUUUGGGAGCAAUUUGCAGCAUAUGCGGACAGCCUGUCUGCAUUGGUGAGCAGAUUGCUGCAAUUCGAAAACAGCGUAAAGCUGAAGGAAAGGAAGUGAAAACAUCUAUUUGA